UUUUUUUUCUUUGCUGUCUUUUUGACAGCUGAGACCGCUUACGGUCCAUCUCGCUUUAAAUAAUAUUUAGCUCCCUAAUCGUUGCAUCAUAGAGUUUUUGUCGCAUUAUUUUCACGUCAAAAAUAAAGUUUAUAAUAUACAUUCGCGUGGUUACUAUAAUUUGUUAUUUCAUUAAAUGUCGGUUUUAUCUUCGUCAACUCGAAUUGUGUGAUUAUUGCUUUGUGGUUCAGUGAUUUGCAGUCCUCGAUUCGUUAUGUCCACUGUUCUAGUACCGAUUGCUUCUGUUUGUUGAAUGUCCACGAAAUGAAGCUUAUAACUUACUCGCAGGUACUGGGUAAGAUUAAUCUAUAUCUGCGAAAAAAUGUAAAAGAUCAAUCUCCGAAUAUCCUACGUUUGUGGGCUACUCAGUGUGAGUUCGUGUUUGCUCAGCAGCUAAGAAGAAGCCAGCAGAUUUUCGCUCUGUAUGCAAAGAUUUGGGAAGAAAGAGCCCUGCGAGAGCUACUACGGCGAUUUCGUGGACAAGUACAACAUCAUGCGAAAAGCUUCCUUUUGUCGUCUGUCACGCUAUUGGCGUUCGAUUGGGAUAAAGAACGCAUCGAAUAUGACGACGUUAAGGAUUAUUUUGACGACUUCAGUUUUCUCGAGCGCCUACAGAAAGAAACUAUCAUUUGCCCACGAUGUCAAAGACGGAAAGAAAUUAAUGGUCAGAUUGAGGGUAUUCGAUAUUGUAUCUGCCCCAGUAACGUUACUGAUAUGCUGACCAAACAACAAAACGAGUUCACUGUCUGGGAACCGUACAUAGAGCAAAAAAGUAUGAUUAUCUGGCGCCGGGAGAUCAAACCUGGAUUAUACGCCUAUAAAGUCUAUGUAGAAUAUCCUGAUAUUACGGCGGAUGAUUUCCUGCAUGUUCAAACAGAUGUCGAGUAUAGAAAAAAAUGGGACAACACCGCUGUAAGCUUAGAAAUUAUCGACGAAGACAUGUCCAAUGGUUCGAACAGCCACGUUAUCUACUGGGAAAUGCUUUGGCCAAAAUUAUUUGCCAACCGGGACUACGUCUACAAUCGGCGUUACUUUGUUGAUCGUUCCAAGAAGAUAAUUGUAAUUGUAAAUAAAAGUGUCCAACAUCCAAAGUGCCCUGUGAAAGCAAAUAAUCAGCGUGUCAACGAGUAUUGGAGCUUCAUGGUGAUCAAACCAACAACCAAUUUUAACAAGGCAGGUGUUUCCUUUAUUCUGACAUAUUUUGAUAACCCGGGAUUGUCUAUUCCGAGAUAUGUAGUCAACUGGGUAGCCAAAAAGCAAAUGCCCGAUUUUCUGCAUCAGCUCCACAAGGCGACAAUUGAAUACGCCGCUGCGAAAAAGCACAAUGAAACGAGGAUUGUCGAGUUUUGGGAUAAGCAUCGUGAUCCUGGUUUUGAGUAUCCUCCCGAUUGGCUGCCUGGUUUCAGUAGCGAAGACUAUGAAGAUGCACAGAAUGAAAACGAUAACAAUGUUAGUCUGCAAGAAGAUUUUCUUUACAAAAAAUAUUUGAUGCAGGGAUCUUGGCCGAACUGAUGAAGCAUAGAAUCAUUGGAUUCUAAUUAAAAUACCAGAGCUUGAUUGGGGUAUGUGAAUAAUUCGAUCGUCCCGCCACAAAAGGGCUGAAUGCCUUUUAAAUUGUCAAUAUAAAUAAAAAAAAAUUGGUUUUAAGACAUGGAGAACGAAUAUAUAUUGAAAGUAUCAGAAAAUAAGCUUGCAUAUUUGUUUGAAAGAAAUUUUUUUAUUCCUAAAAGCAAAUCAAACUGCAUGAAAACAAAAGCGUUAGUUGAAACAACUAAAUUUAAGUUCAUUUACUCCAACUAAAAGGUGAAAAGGUGUGUGAAUUCAAAGCGUUAGAAAUAUUAACUUUAUCUAAAGUUCGUGCAUUAGAACUAAUUUUUAAAUUGAAUUUACUGUGAAAUUGUUUGUCAAAAAAUUAACAGGAACGCACAAGUAAAAUAUUUGGAAUUUUUAUCAAAAUAUUGAUUGCAACAAACUAAUCCAUUACGAACAAUUUAUUAUGGUUUGUAGUUUCAAGCAGCAAUAUUUGCUAUAUCAAACAAGGUUUCCUUUUGUCACUAUUUAAAAAAAAAUCGUUGCUUUAAAUCCAAAUUUGGUUAUUUCUACAACUUUUCUCUCCGCGUGAGCGUAUAGUGUACAUAAGGGGACCUUACGCGACGACCAGUAAUGCUAUACAUCACUUACCCUUACCUUACCUAACAGCUGUAGGCCUGGGGUGUCCUUUGCUGUAUCAUGCAUACGUCUCCACAUAACUCGGUCCAUGGCUGCUCUUCGCCAGCCACUCAAAGCACUGAUGCUUCUGAGAUCACCCUCCACUUGAUCGAUCCACCUUGCUCGCUGCGCUCCUCUUCUUCUUGUACCAGUCGGAUUAGAUUCAAGAACCAUUUUCACUGGGCUGUCGUCCGACAUCCUUAUGACAUGCCCAGCCCAUCGUAGACGUCCGAUUUUAGCUGUCCGUACGAUGGGUGGUUCUUCUAGCAGCUGUUGCAAUUCGUGAUUCAUACGCCGUCUCCACGUUCCGUCUACCAUCUGCACUCCGCCAUAGAUGGUCCUCAGUACCUUUCUUUCGAAAACACUGAGGGCGCCUUGGUCCUCUGCCAACAUAGUCCAGGUCUCGUGGCCAUAGAGAACAACCGGUCUAAUGAGCGUUUUGUAGAUGGUCAAUUUCGUGCGGUGGCGUACUUUUCUCGAUCGGAGGGUUUUUCUUAGUCUCUGCUGGUGUCAUUAUCGGCGGUCCCCAGUGAGCCCAAAUACACGAACUCGUCAACCACCUCGAUAUCGUCACCGUCUAUCAAUAUUCGUGGUGGGAGGCGUAGUGUUUCUUCUCUAGAGCCUCUUCCUCUCAUAUAUUUUGUUUUCGACGCAUUUAUGGCCAGUCCGAUACGCCUAGCUUCAGCUUUCAGUCCGAUGUAGGUUUCCGUCAUCUUCUCAAGGUUACGUGUCACAAUAUCAAUAUCGUCAGCGAAGCCAAAAAGUUGUACGGACUUUCGGAAGAUCGUGCCACUCGUGUCGAUCCUCGCUCUUCGAAUCACACCUUCCAGGGCAAUAUUGAACAAGAUACAAGAAAGUCCAUCACCUUGACGUAGCCCUCUCCGAGAUUCGAAGGGACUCGAGAGCGUCCCAGAUACUCGGACGUAGCACAUCACUCUAUCCAUCGUUGCUUUGACCAAUCGCGUCAGUUUAUCCGGGAAACCGUAUUCGUGCAUGAUCUGCCAUAGCUGUUCUCGAUCGAUUGUGUCGUAUGCCGCUUUGAAGUCAAUGAAUAGGUGAUGCGUGGGUACGUUGUAUUCAUGACACUUCUUUAGUACUUGUCUUAUCGCGAAUAUGUGAUCCGUAGUGGCGCGGGCUCCAGUAAAUCCCGCUUGGUACGGCCCUACGAAUUCCUUAGCUAUUGGUGAUAGACGACGGCAAAAGAUUUGGGAGAGUACCUUGUGGGCGGCGUUCAGCAAUGUGAUUGCGCGGUAAUUGUAACAGUCUAGCUUAUCGCCCUUUUUGUAGACGGGACAUACCACUCCAUCCAUCCAUUCCUGCGGUAGAAUCUCCUCCUCCCAAAUCCUAGAAAUCAUCCAGUGCGGCGCUCUAGCCAUGUUUGAGCAGCUCGCCUGGCAACUGGUCAUUGCUCGCGGCUUUGUUGUUGCUCAGCUUGCCGAUCUCCUCAAUUAUCUCCGACAGAUCAGGGGCUGGGAAUCUGUCGUCGGCUGAGCGUGCACCCAGAUUGAUUCCUGUAUCGUUCUCUGUAUCUUGUGCUUCGCCAUUCAGAUGCUCGUCGUAGUACUGCUUCUACCUGUCGAUCACCUCACGUUCGUUCGUGAGAAGGUUACCACUGGUAUCUCUGCACAUUUCGGCCUGUGGCGUGUAGCCUUUACGUGAGCGGUUAAUCUUUUCAUAGAACUUCCGUGUGAUGGUCCUCAGUACAUUUCGGCCUGUGUCAUUUGCGCGGUACAGCUGUUCCAUCGCUUCGCGAUCUUGGUCUUCCUGGUGGCGCUUUUUCCUCCGGAAAACAGUGUUCUGUCUGUUCCGUGCCUGUCUGUAUCGUUCCUCGUUCGCCCUCGUGUGGUGUUGCAGCAUCCUCGCCCUUGCUGCAUUCUUCUCUUCGACCAACUGCUGACAUUCGCCGUCAAACCAGUCAUUUCCUCGAUUCGAUAACCUCGUACCUAGAACGGUUGUAGCAGUGCUAUUCACGGUGGAUCUCAUGUUCCUCCAGCCGUCUUCAAGAGUCGCCGCGCCAAGCUGCUCUUCCGUUGGUAGCACUAACUCCAGUUGUUGCACGUAUUCCUCUGCAGUACGAAUGCUACGUAGCUGCUUGAGAUUGAGUCCCGGCGUUCCUGUGCGACGAGUGUUGUGCACCGUCGAUAGUUUUGAGCGCAUACAAACCGCGACAAGGUAGUGGUCAGAAUCAAUGUUGGCACUGCGGUAAGUGCGGACAUUGAUGACGUCGGAGAAGAACCGCCCGUCGAUGAGAACGUGGUCGAUUUGAUUUUCCGUAUGUUGAUCAGGUGAUUCCCAGGUGGCUUUGUGGAUAUCUUUGCGGGGGAAGAAGGUGCUUCGAACUACCAUUCCUCGGGAGGCUGCAAAGUUUACGCAUUGUUGACCGUUGUCGUUUGUUACCGCGUGCAGGCUCUCCAGCCCGAUCACGGGCCUGUACAUUGCCUCCCGGCCUACCUGAGCAUUCAUGUCGCCGAUUACGAGUUUUACAUCCCGCCGUGGACAGCUGUCGUAGAUUUGUUUCAGCUGCGCGUAAAAUGCUUCCUUCUCCUCAUCGGGUCUCGUCUCAGGUGGGCAGUGCACGUUGAUGAUGCUAUAAUUGAAGAAACGGCCCUUGAUCUCCAAUACGCACACCCUAUCACUGAUUGGCUGCCACCCAAUCACGCACUGACGCAUCUUGCCCAACAAUAUGAAUCCCGUUCCUAGAACGCUGGUUGUGCCACAGCUCUGGUAGAAGGUAGCCGCUCGAUGUCCACUUUUCCACACCUUCUGUCCCGUCCAACAAAGUUCCUGCAGUGCUACGACAUCGAAGCCGCGGAUUUGAAGCUCAUCAUGCAGCAUUUGGUCGUAUCCUGGGAGGCCAAACGAUUUGCAGUUCCAUGUGCCAAGCUUUCAAUCGUAGUCCUUUGUUCGUUGCGUAGGUCUUUGCCGAUUAUUCCGAGUCGUAUUUCCUUCUUCAUCGUUCGUAACAUAUGUUUUCCGGGCGGCUUGUUAGGCCUGCACCAACCUCCUGUCUCGCCGGAGGGCCAUCGUGUCAGCACUGUUUAGAGUCCCACACUGACACAAGGACGGUAAUCAGCCGCUCCUAACAUGGAGAACAGACGCUGUUUCGAACCGCCCCAACAUGGGGAACAGACGCUCGGGUAGGCUCGCUCUCUGUAAAGAGAAGGCAAGCCUCCACUUCCCUGUCAGCAUACGACCAACGUCCCACCCGGGGUUGGUUACCCGAUCUUCCCUAUGGUUAACCAUACCCCAGCUGGCACCGCGGGGAGGUAGGGAUAGGAGUUACUGGAUAAGAGGCUAAGAACCACAUUGGGGCCUGAAUUGCGCAUCGUCCAGUCGUUUACCAACCUGCUAUACAUAGAAAUCAUUAAUUAUGACUGAAUAACAUUGAAUCAUUGAUCAUAGAUUUCUGACGAUAUAAUGUGAGACCCUUAGAAAUUACACCUAAAAAAAACCUGUUUUAAUCCACCUAGUGGUGUAAUGAUUCCUUUCGCAUAUUACUCAUAACAUCAUAAAUAUUACUGUGGAUUUCGCAAAACUGUUCAUUGAAUAGAAACAGGAAAGUUUGUUCGGACUUAAUCUAAAACACUCUACAAAUCCUGUUACCCUGUAGUUCCAGAACCGGAAGUAGUACCCACAACAAAUUUAGGAAUUCCGUAUGAAACUGUAAGACUUUUCCUUUGAACCUAUAAGUUUGUGAAAAUCGAUUUGGCCAUCGUGAAAGAAAGCCCUCAUAGCCCUGUAACUGCGGAACCGGAAGUCGGAUCCGGAUGAAAUUUCACGGUUGCUUCAAAGAUAACAUGAGCUUCAAUUCAAAUAAUGAUUUGUGAAAAUCGGCUCAAGCAUCGCAGAGAAAUCGAAAUCAGUUCUAUGUUUGGAGUUUUUCUUCACCACUUUUGGUGCUUCCGGAACAGGAAAAGGGGGGACCAGUAGUGCCGAAUUAUGUUUUUAUGCCCACAAGCUAACAAGCUCUGAAAACUAGUAGAAUUUAUCAGACAGUUUUAGGGGAUUUGUACCUGUUUUUGACCAUCGUUCGUGAGAAAAUACUAAUGAGAUUGGUAAUUUUUCAUUUAUCACGGUUUAAUUUCGGAACCGGAAGUCGGAUCCGGAUGAAAUGUUCUAGAAAAUUUUUGGACCUUUCAUUUGAAUCUCAGUUUGUGGAAAUCGGUUUAGCCGUUUUAGAGAAAAUUUAGUGCACACUUUUUCUCUAAUUUUCACAUAUUACCAUGUAACUCCGGAAACGGUAGUCGGAUCCAAAUGAAAUUCAAUAGCAGGCUAUGGCAUUUUUGGACCUUUCAUUUGAAUCUAAGUAUGUAAAAAUCGGUUCAGCCAUCUAUGAAAAAAGUGAGUGAAUUUUUUUCCAUUUUUUGGUGCAUAUCAUACUAUAUCUCCGGAACCGGAAGUCGGAUCGGGAUGAAAUUCAAUAGCAGGCUAUGGAACCAUUAGACCUUUCACUUGAUUCUUAGUUUGUAGAAAUCGGUUCAGCCAUCUCCGAGAAAAGUGAGUGCAUAUUUUUGUUACAUACACACACAAACACACACACACACACACACACACACACACACACACACACACACACACACACACACACACACACA